GGUGAAUCAGGGAAAAGCACAAUUGUCAAACAAAUGAAGAUUAUCCAUGAAGCUGGUUAUUCAGAAGAAGAAUGUAAACAGUACAAAGCUGUUGUCUACAGUAACACCAUUCAGUCCAUUAUUGCUAUCAUUAGAGCGAUGGGGAGGUUGAAGAUAGACUUUGGUGAUCCAGGCAGGGCUGAUGAUGCUCGCCAACUUUUUGUGUUAGCUGGAGCAGCAGAAGAAGGAUUUAUGACUUCAGAGCUUGCUGGAGUUAUCAAGAGACUGUGGAAAGACAGUGGAGUUCAAGCUUGCUUCAACAGAUCUAGAGAAUACCAGCUUAAUGACUCUGCUGCCUAUUACUUGAAUGACUUGGACAGGAUAGCACAAACCAGCUACAUUCCAACCCAACAGGAUGUUCUCAGGACUAGAGUGAAAACUACAGGAAUAGUGGAAACUCACUUUACUUUCAAAGAUCUUCAUUUUAAAAUGUUUGAUGUUGGAGGCCAGAGAUCAGAGCGGAAGAAGUGGAUUCAUUGUUUUGAGGGUGUUACAGCAAUUAUUUUUUGUGUGGCAUUGAGUGAUUAUGACUUGGUCUUGGCCGAAGAUGAGGAAAUGAAUCGGAUGCAUGAAAGCAUGAAAUUGUUUGACAGUAUCUGCAACAAUAAGUGGUUCACAGACACUUCUAUUAUUCUCUUCCUGAACAAGAAAGAUCUUUUUGAAGAAAAAAUCAAAAGGAGUCCUCUCACUAUUUGCUACCCUGAAUAUGCAGGGUCAAACACUUAUGAAGAAGCAGCUGCUUACAUUCAAUGUCAGUUUGAAGAUCUUAACAAGAGGAAAGACACGAAGGAAAUCUACACUCACUUCACAUGUGCCACGGACACGAAAAAUGUGCAGUUUGUUUUCGAUGCUGUAACUGAUGUCAUUAUUAAAAAUAACCUUAAAGACUGUGGCCUCUUCUGAGAGCAGACAAAAGGUUGCUAAAUGGUUUGGAGAACGACUUCGCACAAUUCUAAUCUGAUUCUUUUCAAGGUGAAAGAAAUGAAAAUACAUUGUGCUGAAUGAUAGAUCAGUACUGUACUUGCCUGUUUUAACAGCUUUAUUUAUGUUUGUCUUGUAAAUUUAAGUAAUUAGUUAACACUGAGAUGUCAGUUGAUUGUAUGUAUACUUAUAAUUGUAGUAAUGUAUUUGUAUAAACAUUGAA